UAAACCGGACCAGUUGACCCGGAAGUGAAGCAUUUGAAAGUUGUUGGAUUGUUGUUCGUAUGGUUCCAUCACAACAGGAGCCUCUGGCACGCUCCUUCAAAAGACAAGAUGGAACCUCGACAUGGGAUUAUGAAAGCCUUUCCCAAAGUGAAAAGAGCCAAAGUGUUUCAGGGAAAGGAUGUGCCUCCAGCAAAGAAGAAAUCGGAUGAUUGUGAAGUCACAGGAAGUACAUUUAAUGGGGUCACAGUGCACAUUCUGCCGGCUGGAAUAGGAAAUGCAAGAUGUCAGAUCUUCCAGAAACAAAUUCAGCAGAACGGAGGACAGACGGAGAGUUCUCUGUCUCCCACUGUCACUCAUGUUGUGGUUAAUGACGACAUGGACAGAGACAGGGCUCUGCGCCUACUGAAAGUGGAUAGUAUGCCCUCUGGAGUCCAACUGGUGAAAUGCAGUUGGUUGAGCUUGUGCAUCAGUGACAAACAACUUCUGGAUGUUGCCAGCUACAGCCUUCUUUUACCAGAAAUUUUAGUGCAGGAAUCUGUAACACGACAUGGAACCAUUAAAGAAGAGCUGCCACAUGUCAAACCUGCAGAAGAAGCUAUCACAGCUUCUGAUCAAACUAAGCAAGAGGAGACCGUACAUGAGACAGUACCUGACACUGCAGAGGAAGUGCGAGGAGAGGAAGACGGGGUCUCUCAGGGUGACCUAGAAGCUCUCAUCACUGGCCAGCACCCCACAGAGGAGACCCCUGGCCCCAGUCUGGACCCCCGUCCAGACUCUGCUGCUGAGAAGGUCAUCUCAGGGAAGUGGGUCUGUGCCCAUUCCUCUCAUUCCAAAACCAAUAACUUCAACAAGCACCUCACAGACAAACUAGAAGUGUUGGCCAAAGCCUACACUCACCAGGGGGACAAGUGGAGGGCGCUCAGCUACUCCAAGGCUGUCAACGCACUGAAGAGUUACCACAAGCCCGUCACGUCAUAUCAGGAGGCGUGCCAGAUCCAAGGAAUCGGAAAGAGGAUGGCUGACAAAAUCGACGAGAUCAUGGAGAGCGGUCACCUGCGGAAGAUAGAUCACAUCGGGGAGGCUGUGCCUGUUUUGGAGCUUUUUACCAACAUCUGGGGUGCUGGAGCUAAAACUGCACAGCUGUGGUACCAACAGGGAUUUCGCACAUUGGAUGACAUCCGCACUAAGGCGCACCUCAGCAACACUCAGAAAAUAGGACUCAAGCACUACGAUGACUUCCUCGACCGCAUGCCCCGAGAAGAAGCUGGAGCCAUAGAGAAAGUGGUUGUGGGUGCUGCCCAUGCUGUAGACCCACACCUGGUGGCGAUGGCAUGUGGCUCCUACCGUCGAGGGCAGACAACAUGUGGAGAUGUUGAUGUGCUUAUAACUCAUCCUGAUGGCAAGUCCCACAAAGGCAUUUUUAGCAAAUUGUUGCAGAGCCUUCAUGACAGUGGGUUUUUGACAGAUGACCUGGUGAGCCAUGAGGAUAAUGGGGAGCAGAAGAAGUACAUGGGCGUUUGCAGACUGCCAGGACCGGGCCAACGCCAUCGGAGGCUGGACAUCAUCGUAGUGCCCUACGAUGAGUUUGCCUGUGCUAUCAUGUAUUUCACCGGCUCAGCACACUUUAACCGCUCAAUGAGAGCCAUGGCUAAGACCAAAAACAUGAGCUUGUCGGAGCACUCGCUGAACAAGGAUGUGGUGCGUCAGGGAAGCUUGAAGGUGCAUGGUGGCAGUCCACUUUCUACACAGACAGAGAAGGAUGUUUUUAGUCUUUUAGGCAUACCUUACCGACAGCCUCAUGAAAGGGACUGGUAAAAGUUUUCCAGUCACUAAGCCAAUCACAAUGCCUUGUUUGCUUUAAAAAAUGAUGAUGAUUAUGAAUGAAAAGGAUGCUGCUUUUAUGCUUUUAACAACUGCUUUUAAGGAAAUGUUACUGCUCAAAAGAUCAUGUAAGAGCUCUGUUGGACUUUAUUGUAUUUUUAUUCUUCAAAUCCAAGGGCUGGGUUCACUCAAAUCCACAUGUUUUCUAACUUAACCUCAGUAGUAUCUGUCCCUCCAGUGAUGUGGUAUCCAGGGCCUUUUACUGGAGGGACAGUUUCUUCAGCAGAUCAUUAUUAAUUGAGCUGAGUAACUAAGAAUAAUUAUUUAAAGACAAAUUGAAACAGUUUUUUUGAAUGUCAGUUCUGCAAACUUCCAUUAUGCAAAGCAGGGAGCAAACCUUUCAAAAAAGUGAAACAUAGUCCAAAGACUAUCGGCAGGGCUGGUUAAAGCUAGAGGAAAGUGUGAAAAUAUGUGGGAAUGCACGUUGAGUGAACUGGUCUUUUCAAGAUAUUUUUAAAAAGGGAAUGCUUGACACUACUUUGAAAAAUAAAUUAUGAUAAUAAAAUAACUUAUGGGUAAUAGAAAAUGUAUUUC